AUGAUGAUGAUGUCUCUGAACAGCAAGCAGCCCUUCGCCAUGGCGCACAGCAGCCUGGCCGAACCCAAGUACUCGCUGCACUCGUCCUCCGCAUCCACGAUGACCUCCAGUGCGCCGUCCUCCUGCUCGUCCUCUUCCCGCAUCAGCAGCACCAUCAUCAGCAGCAGCAACAGCGGCAGCUCGGAGGCGAUGCGCCGCGCCUGUCUCCCAACCCCACCGAGCAAUAUAUUCGGCGGCUUGGAUGAGAGUUUGUUGGCCCGCGCAGAAGCUCUGGCGGCGGUGGAUAUCGUCUCGCAGUCCAAGAACCACCACCACCACCCUCCGCACCACAGCCCCUUCAAACCGGACGCCACCUACCACACCAUGAACACUCUGCCCUGCACCUCCUCGUCCUCCUCCGCUUCCUCCGUGCCCAUCUCACAUCCUUCAGCUCUGGGUGGACACCACCAUCACCACCACCAUCACCACCACCACCAGCCACACCAGGCCCUAGAGGGCGACCUCCUGGACCACAUCACCCCGGGCCUAGCGCUCGGAUGUUCGGAUGGAUCAGUGGUGUCGUCCCCCGCGCACCCCGCGCACAUGGCGAGCAUGAACCACAUGCACCAGGCGGCUCUCAACAUGGCCCACGCGCACGGCCUCACGCACAUGGGCAUGAAUGACGUGGACGCAGAUCCCAGAGACUUGGAGGCUUUCGCAGAACGCUUUAAGCAGAGGCGGAUCAAACUGGGGGUGACCCAAGCGGACGUAGGGUCGGCCUUAGCCAGCCUCAAGAUCCCCGGCGUGGGCUCACUGAGUCAGAGCACCAUCUGCCGCUUCGAGUCCCUCACGCUGUCGCACAACAACAUGAUCGCACUCAAGCCCAUUCUGCAAGCCUGGCUGGAGGAGGCAGAGAAGUCCCACCGCGAUAAACUCAACAAGCCGGAGCUUUUUAAUGGCGCCGAGAAGAAGCGGAAACGCACGUCAAUAGCCGCCCCGGAGAAGAGGUCACUGGAGGCCUAUUUCGCCAUUCAGCCGCGGCCCUCCUCAGAGAAGAUUGCAGCCAUCGCAGAGAAACUGGACUUGAAGAAGAACGUGGUGCGCGUUUGGUUUUGUAACCAGCGACAAAAGCAGAAAAGAAUGAAGUACUCUGCAUGCGUUUAG